GCCUCAGACUGGAGGUGUGUCCAGCAGAAAACCCCCAUCACGGAUGUAGCUGCGGUGCGGAGGUAGACCGAGAAGCGCAGGGAGGGAGGAAGAGUUUGGACGCACUGCGGAGGGGAGUGCAGCCAUGGGGAACGCGCAGGAGAAAUCCCCCGGAAGCAGCGGAGGAGAGAAGGCGAGACGGGGUCAAUCCGGCGGUAAGGAGAGAGCUCCAGGACAGAGAGGUGCAAACGGCGCUCCGAGAGAAAACAGCCCUGCAGGUAAGGAAGAGGAGCAGCAGCAGCCGGAUAGUUCUGGGGUGGAUAGGAGUUACCUGGAUGCUCCGGCUGGAGCUUUGCCUCCUCACCUGGGCCGGCUGAAGAAUGAAGGGAACUACCUCUUUAAAAAUGGCCAGUUUGGAGACGCGCUGGAGAAGUACUCCCAGGCUAUAAAUGGAUGUUGUGAGGCAGGCAUUGAUAGUCCAGAAGAUCUGAGUAUCCUCUACUCCAACAGAGCUGCCUGUAACCUGAAGGAUGGAAACAGCAGUGCCUGCAUAGAAGACUGCAACAAGGCUUUAGAGCUACAGCCCUUCUCCUUGAAGCCCUUGUUGCGCAGAGCCAUAGCUAAUGAGUCACUGGAGCGCUACGGGAAGGCCUACGUGGAUUACAAGACGGUGCUGCAGAUCGACACCGGGGUCCAGGCGGCUCAUGACAGCGUCCACAGGAUCACAAAGGUGCUGAUCGAGCAGGACGGGCCUGAAUGGAGAGAAAAGCUACCGGAGAUUCCUGUUGUCCCUCGGUCCGUCCAGCAGCAGCACAGGGAGAAACCCGUCAGCAUUGAGCUGGCACAGGUGCGAGUUGCCAGGGCUGCACAGGAGGAAGCCAGGAGAAAAGAGGCCCACUUUACUUUACUCAAACACGAAGGCAACAGUCUGGUGAAGAAGGGUGUCUUCCAGGAGGCUCUAGAGAAGUACAACGAAUGUCUCUCAAUAAAACCUGAUGAAUGCGCCGUUUACACAAACAGAGCCAUUUGUUUCCUGAAACUGAAUCAGUUCGAAGAGGCCAAACAGGACUGCGACUCGGCGCUGCAGCUGGAUCCAGCAAACAAGAAAGCCUUCUACAGACGGGCCCUGGCUUUUAAGGGAUUACAGGAUUACCUGUCGGCCAGCAGCGACCUCCAGGAGGUCCUCCAGCUGGACCCCAAAGUCCAUGAGGCUGAGCAGGAGCUUGAGGAGGUUACCUGUCUUCUGAGGCAAAGCUUGAUAGAUAAGGCAGCACACACAUGAAGUGGAAGGGUAGAACAUAUUUUUAAUAGCACCAACACAGCUCCACACAUUUGCUGAUGGGUGUGUAGUAUAAUGAAUAGAAAUAAGUUUAUACAUCAAACAAAAGAAAAGAAAGGUAACAUUUGAUUAACUCCCGCAGGGUGGAGACUGCACAGUGGCAUGCUAAAUGUUGGGUUCUUCAGGUAGAUUUCUAUUUUCUGUAUUUAGCUGACCAAGUGGAGGAUAAACUGAUCUUCAACUCAAAUAUAGUUUAAUAUUCAGCAUUCUGUUCAACAGUUUCAUGAAAAUAAGCAGUAUAUUUCUUUUUACAUUUCUAAAGUAAGAAAAGAAAGAAUCACAAUGAAACAUUGCUGCAACACCUUUACCACAGCCUCAAACAUUUGUUAUCUUGUUAGCGCUUACAGUUGAAACCAGAUAUUAAUACAAAUAAAUAUAUAUAUAUAUAUAUAUAUAUAAUAUAAAUACGCUUCAUAAAAAGACACGGGAAAUUUUCCUCUCCGUCUGACAUUAAAUAAGACUAAGGUUUUUUGUUUUAGGUCAUUUCUGAUUAUCAUUAUUGCUAUUCGCUAAACUCUAAAAUGACCAGAGAGAUUUCUUUUACAUAUAUUUCUUUGAUACUUGCUUAAAUUACCUUGUAUUGUAUGACUUAAACAUGUUGCGUAUCCCUUCAGAAGGUUCUCACAAUAAUUUUCUGGAAGUUUGGCCCAUUCCUUCUGACAGAGCUGGUGUACUUGAGUGAGGUUGGUAGGCCGCCUUACUCACACACCUUGUCAACUCUGUCCACAAAUUUUGUUUGAGACUGAGGGCUUUGUGAUGGCCACACCAAAAAAAAUGUUUUGCUGCAUGCUUAGGGUCUUUGUCCACUGUGAAGACUAAUAUGCGCCUAGCAGGCACUUCAAAAUGCAGAAGCACUUAAAAGUAGAAAGUUAAUGGCAGUAGUAACUCCUUUAGUGACUUCAUCUAGGAGAGAAACAUCAAAACAGAUACGCUUUGAGCCAGUUUUCAAGUAUAUAGGCUAAAAGAGAGCAUACACAGUCACAGCAAUAGCUCAUUGAAUUGCUUUGUCUAGGGGAGAGACAGUGUUAAAUACUGAAAGACAGGACUAAGUGUAUCAUCUAUAGGAGUACAUGAAAGAUGUAACUUAUAUGAAGAGAAAAAGCAAAGAGAGAACAUAAAGUUAAAACCUGAAAAAAUGGCAAAUAAUGCAAAAUUGGAGAGUAGUAGGAGAAUGUAGCAGAGUGUAGAAAUGUGAUUAUUAUGUCCUCCAGCAGCCUAAACCUAUAGCAGCAUAACUACUGAGGAUAACCUAAGCCACUCUAAGUUUUAUUAUAAAGGAAAGUUUUAAGCUUAGUCUUAAAAGUAGACAGUGUCUGCCUCACGGACUAAAACUGGGAAUUGGUUUCCCAGGAGGGGAGCUCGAUAACUAAAGGAUCUGCCUCCCAUUCUACUUUUAGAGACUCUAGGAACCACCAGUAAACCUGCAGUCUGAGGAAGAAGAGCUUGAUUGAGAACAUUUGGAACAAUUAGAUCCCUGAUGUAUGAUGGAGCUUGAUCAUUAAGCACUUUAUAUGUGUGGAUAUUCCAUCUUUGAAGUCAGUUAAUGUUUUGUUCUGGAGCUGUGAGCUAUAUAAAGUACCAGACAUUUGGCCCCAGUUUUGUAUGCCACACUGCAGCAGCCCUUUUCUGUUCAUCAGUGGUGUAAAAGGGGAAAAUGACAGACGUUUACCCCUGACUGGAGCACCUUGAAAAACCAGCUUUUCAGCUCCGUACCAUGAAGUGUGUCUGGUAAACCACUGCUGCUCUGCAGAAAACCCUAUGUAACAAUAUGCUUCAUUUAAAAAGGCAAAUGUCAAGGUACAUGUAACUUGCUGGCAGUAAUAAUAAUUAUGCCCAUUGUGAUGUCAUAUAUUGUAAAUAGAGUUACCUGUGAUGAAAUAAGGAAGGACAGAGUGGAUAAUGUGUGCCUUAUUGAGAUUUCUACCGCGCUUAGAAAGAUAUAUGCCAAGAUUAAAAUUUCGAAGUCUGUUUGGUUUUUGGUUUUAAAGAUGUUUGAUUCCAAACUGAGCUGGGAAUUAAAACAAUGUAUUGAAACUAAUCUGACAUAUUUUUAUGUUUAAGAUGCAUAUUGUUUUUGGCACAACAAGACAACUGAACAACUGCAUUUCAUUCGGCAAUGUUAGAGAAAGGGAUUUUUACUGCUUUUCCUUGAAAUUUUGGUUACAGGUCACCCGACAGAUUUUAGACCUUCAACUAUUAUGAGUUUGUUUUAGAUAGAUGCACCAUCAACAUUAUGGUAAAUGUUCACUAGUUUUUCCUCAUGCAGAUUGCCAUAAAGACAUCGGAUAUCAUUUAAAUCAUUUGGUGUGGCUUUUACAGCCACCUGUGAAACAUCAUGGAAAUUGUAGACUACAUAUGUUUUUUUUUUUUUUUUUUCAUCUUGCGAUCCUGCCUUUGUGUCAUUAUGGAAGAAAUAUGCCCCUGAGGACUCAAGUUGGCUGGUUUUUUAUAUUUUGCCAGGUGAAUUUGUUAAUGUAUUCGUGACAACUGAAUGUGGGUGCAUUGAGAAAACGCACAGGUAUGCAGAUGACAAAAAGAAUGCUUAGUAUUUAGGUACUAAAAAUGUUUCAAUGAGACUAGUGUCACCAGUUAAGCCCAAACGUUUUCAUACCCCUUGCAUGAUUUUCAUUCAAGAUAAUUUUGUUUUGCACUGAAAAUUCAGUAACAUGCAAAACAUAAUUUGGACAACCAUCUUUGUCGUUUAAAAGACCCAAAACCUACCACCAUUAAUCAAACAAUUGACAAGCUUUAGAGCUUUUACAUCUCAUGUGAAAAAAUGGCUCGAACACAGAAAAAUUCGGGAACCCUGAAACUUCUGAACUGCUGAACAAGUUUUAUGCAUUAUUUGAAUCAAAGUUGUGGGUGUUUUUUCAUUGAAGUCUUAUUUUACUGGUAAUUUUAAAUACAUUUUUUUGCAAUAUGAGUUUGAUAGGUUAACUUCUGGAUUGCAGGGAAGUUUGUUUUACUGUGGGCCUGCGAAUUAGCCUUUGGCUAGAGGGCAAAUAGGACAAUGGUUUAUUUUAACAUGUGACGUCUUACCCCUGAUCAAAUAAAUUUUAAUAAAAAAAUGACAUAGAGAAAGAUAAAAAAGGUGCAUUAAUUUUGGGAAAAUAAGUGAAUUUGCUUUUUUGGCAUGUUGGAAAUUAUGUAUACCCUUAUUUAUACCCUUUUCAUUGGUAUUGCAGCAACCACACCGUUCUUAUCUCUCAUGUUUCCACAGGUAUUUUGACAAUUGAUCUUUGAUGAUGAACUCUUAAGUCUUUGUCAUCUCCCAAAUCUUAAGCUCCCUCCACAGAUUCUCUAACACAUCCUUUCUGUCACUGUCAUCAUUCUGGACCUGAAAGUCACAAUAUAUAAAUUAAGUUUCAAUCACCCUGUGGGAACCUUGGGACCCACUUGUAGCCACCUUUUAAAUUUUUAAUAUAAGGCAAAUGGCAUGACAUUUUCCCAUAGUUAAUGGUCUGGAUCCAUGUUAAAAAUUGGCACCUCUCUUCUCAUCCCACCUUCACUGUUUAAAUGUUACUCGUACACUGGCCCAAACAGGUCCCCAUUGACAGCCAUUCAAACAAUACUUUUGCAUAUACUUUAAUGAAUCACAUAAAGCUUUUCAAACGUCUGCUGAAGUCGAUUAAAAGAUUUAAGCUUUAAAAGUACACCCCAGAGGACUAAAGUGGACCCAGAAUUUGACUUCUUUAAAUCGCAUCUCAUUUCUGAGCACGGAAUAUCUCUUAGUGGACUAACAUGUACUUAAAACAGUACCAGGGGUGUAAAAUCUAUGAGAAUAUAUGUAAACUCUAUACAACACAAUGUGCCACUUGUUUUAUUUCAUUAGGUUUUUCUUUGAUGAAUCCCUUCCAAUAAAAAUGAACAAAGCUCAGCUCUUUCUGGAAAUGUUUUUUUUUUAUUGCAUCAUGGAAUGUAAAAGCAUGUACUGUAUGUAAAUAACCUAAAAUUAAUGUAAAUAAAUGACAGUUUGAAUGCUGAA